AAAGAAAAAUGUCUAAUCAGUGCCGUUUAGAUACUUUUUACGAUAAGUGCAUGUAUAAAAACUGUACGAGUUCAAGAUCUCUAGGAAAACGUUUAUAUAGAUUCCCAUUGCAGACUGAUAACAGAUAUCAUUUAUGGAUAAGCAACAGCGGAAACUGGAGAGAGAAUAUUGGAAUUCUCUCCGUUGACAAAACAAGUAACACCGAUGAUGACAUCGUUGAUGCCGAUAUCAACGAUGUCGGCAGAAACUGUGUCAACAGUGGCAUCGGUGACAUCGGCAUCAACGAUGUCAUCAACUAUGAUGUCGGCGGAGGCAUCGACAUCGACACCGGCAUUGGCACCGGCAUCGGCAUUGACACCGGCGCUAGCACUGGCACCAGUAUCAGCACCAGCACUGACAUCGGCACCGGCGUCGACAUUAAUGGAAAUACCGGCACCAGAGAAGGCACCGGUACCAGCGUCAACGGAGGCGUCAACGCUAAUAGCAUUAAGUAGAGAAGAUUUAAAA